CGUACAUAUUUUCUCUCGCUGCUGCUGCUGCUGCUGCUGCUUUCAUGCAGACUCUGGUGAAAGUGAAACGUUUUAGUGGCGUCACAAGACGUUGGUGAGAUAGUUGCACCAAGAUGGGGGAGAGAAUGCUUGUUCUUUCGUGGAAGAACCACAGUUCCACGUUCACCAGUGCUAUCUCCACUCUUCGAGAAAAGGAAAAUUAUUCUGAUGUGACUGUAGCAUGUGAAGGUAAAUUCUAUCCUGCACACAAGUUGGUACUAGCAGCAUGCAGUGAAUAUUUUGAAGAAAUAUUCCAACAUACAUCCUGCAGGCAUCCUGUCAUUAUUCUUCAGGAUAUUUCCCACACAGAUGUGGAAGCUCUCUUGAAUUAUAUGUAUGCUGGUGUUGCAAGUGUGUCUCAGAAUGACCUCACUAGUCUCAUCAAAGCAGCUGAAGCCUUGAGAGUUAAGGGGUUGGCUGUGCCAGACGGACCUCCAUCGCAUGGCAGUGAGACUCGGGCUACCGACACCACAUCCAGUAUGAAGACAAGUCCAAAGCCUAAGAAGAGGAAAAAAGCAGAGAAUAUCUCCACGGUGUCUGAAAAUGCUAGUGAAACUUUCCAAGAUAUUAGAAACCAGGAGGACUUCUCACAACAUGAUGCUCACUAUGACCAUGUCAGUCACUCCUCAGAAAAGGAAGAGGUUGGUGGAGCAGAGGAAGAGGAAGUAAAUGAUGGAAUGAAUACCUCAAGUGACACUGCAGAUAACAGUUCUACCAGUCAAGGUCAGAUGGCACUCAAGUCUGAGGCACAAUGUACUGCAGAUAUGCCACAUAAGGAUAUAUUUAAUGAAGUUCAUGUGAAGGAAGAGAUACUGGACAUCACUGAUGACAGACAGCAUCUGUCAUACAGCAGUGAAAUAGAUUAUCAUGCUAUGUCAGAUGGCACCAGACAAGCAGGGGAAAGUGAAGGGGGCCAAGAUGAUCAGAUGACACAAGGUUCUUUCUUAAAAUAUGACAGCCUUGAGGUCAAUCAAAGAAAUUUGUCACAGAAUACCCCAGGAUUUGUUGGUUCCUUGCCUUCUCAACCUGGAGAUCAGCAUAACCCAGGACCAUCCCGGAUGUCUCAAAACGCAAGUAAUGACUACGAGGAAUUUUUAGGACUAGAAGGCUACAGCUGCGAUACCCAGCAAGAGUUGUACAAUCAGCUCACCAACCACCUGAACCUGCAAAACCACCAGCCCCACUUACCGAUGAUACAGAAUAACAGUAAUGAGCUGUUUCACCGCAGAAAUAGAUCUCCAAAAUCCUUGACUCAAAUGUAUUCCGAAAAGAAGAUGCAUCGCUGUGUUCAUUGCAAUUAUUCCACACCUUGGCACUCUGUCUUCAUUAGACAUUGUCGUAGACACUCUGGGGAGAAGCCAUUUUCGUGUUCAUUCUGCCCUUUUCGGUCUAGUCGUAAAAGUGUGGUCAAUCGGCACUGCCUUAGUAAACAUUCAUCAGUCGCUGCUUCUUAAGUAUUGUGCUACUUUAUAUGCAGUCACUAUUGUCAGUGUCUGUCAUACCCAAGAUUAUGAACCCAUUUACCAUGUUUGUAAAAAUAGUAUUGAUAACUGUGGUCCUGUGAAAUCUUAAGUCGUUCCGGUGAUUUUUUGUGCUAAUAUUUUUAUUGUAAUAUACAUACGUAUCUGUAUUUAUUGGUGAUAGAGGUUAUAGAGAUAAAUCUUAAGUUAUUCUCUAUGUAUAAUUGAUGCUUAAUUUUUUUCUUUUCCAAAGAAAGUUUUGUGUAACAAAACUUUUGGUAUAGAACAAUUUAUUUUAUUUUUUAUCAUUUAGUCAAGUUAAUUCAAAUUGUUUAAAUGUUUGUAUUUUGAUAUGAUGUACUGUACAGUCAUCUACCCAUUAUCUGAAAUUAGCAGGACUUGAGGUGGGUCAUAUAACUUGCAAGUUUGGAAACUGGGAUUUUUUUAUUUUUCCCUUCUCAGAUGGAGGGCUUUCACUAUGGCUUGUACAGAUGCGACGUGCACACGCACACACGCGCGCACACACACAUGCGAGCGCGCAUACACACACACAGGCUCUGAGCCCACUGUAUGGGGGUGUCCAGUAGUGUCAUCGAUGCAGUGGACACCAUCUGCUGCAUCACGUAUACGGGAGGUGUUCAGUAGUCCCAUCAAUAUAGAGGACCAGGUCCGCUGCAUCACGUUUGUCCAGUACAGGCCUGAGUAGCUACGUCCAGGACCUGCCUGUUUUCGUUCUUCCAGGGUAAGCAGAGCCCUGUAGUCAUUUCAUCUUCAGUGUUCCUGGAUUUUCAAAUUUUAUCACCACUUUACUAACGUUUGACAUACGGCAUUAUUAACAAUGGCCUGUAAGGCAACAAGAGUGUGAAUCUGAGUUCUAAGCAGGAACCUGAACUGAUAAAGGAGGCAGAGUUUGGUGUGUUGGUGAUAUUCAUAAAAGCAAGGAUAAACUUUCACCAUACAUUCUUAAGUUUAGUGUAGAGGCUAGCAAAAAAGGUUCAUCAGCUGGUUCUAGCAAGCAUAUGAAAAUGGCCCAAGAUACAUUGCUGGUGUAUGUCUACCCAUAUGUUUCUCGCACCACAAACAAUAUUACUCCUGGAGCCUAACAGCUACUCUGACUUGGUAAAAGUUAUUCCGAGUUUCAAUUUAACGAGGAAUUGAUGUAGUUUAGGCUCACCUUUAUACUAGGAAAGCUAAAAAAAAAACUUACUGUAUUGUACUUUUAACUCGUAUUUCCAGGUAACUUACUGUACUAUGUUACGGUUUACUCUUAGUGAUGCAGCAGACUAAAUCUGCUCCAUGGAGCAUUUGUACAUGUCUAGUAGUGUCAUCAAUACAAAGGACCUAGUCCUCUGCAUCAGACAGUUCAGUGCAGUUUAAGUGGACAACCCCGUUCUGCACAUUAAUCCAUCACUCUGAGACUUCACUGUAUUUUACACUGAAAAGAUAAAUAACAUCAGACCUUAAUUUGAUUUAAGCUCAGAUAUGUAUGUAUUUAAAAACCUACUAAAUAUGAAUGAUGAGAAACAUCAAUAACUGCACUCCCAAAUAAACAAGUUUUCUAUAAAAUAUGAAAAUAUUUAAAUUUAAUUAUACUGUUUUAGUAUUCUGCAGUUUGUAUAUUUGGAAAAGAAACAGUUAAAGUUUCUUCUAAUUGUUAAAAUAAUUAAGAGAACAGUCUAGCAUUUUAUAUAAUAUCUUCAAUGCCUUGGACACCACUGAGUUUAUG